UAUUUAGAGCUUGCGGUAUUGACUGCUCGAGUGUGCUCUCUACCGCUCAGUGCGCGCUGUCCAUACAUCAAAAUACACUUCUAUACAAAUCUCUCUCUCUCUCUCCUAUGCUGACUUUUUGAUUUUUACAGUGCAGGAUACGGAGUCAUUCAUUUGGAAACACGUUCAUGUGAGAGAGGAGAGAGGCGCAUUUACCGGGAGAUGGGGGAAAAGUAUCAGGCAGCGCAUAGACAACACAGAAUUUGACUAAUGUGCGUGGAGAGCAACUUUGUUUAACGACUCUGUAAAGGUUAAUUGAACAAUAACUGAAUAUGCAUCUAAAGCGCAUCUUCAGUCUCCUCCACCAGUUAUGUUUUCUUGGAGCAUUUGCCAUUGCAGAUCCACACCCCUUCCAGGAAUCCGAGUCCGAAAUUAUUUUCCCGGAGGUUUUUCCAGAUACAGGUCCACCGGCUCCUGAUAAACCAAAUAGCCGAGAGACUGACGCCAGCGCCGGAGCUCCGGAUAAACCAACUAGCCGAGAGACUGACGCCAGCGCCGGGAGCAGCUCUCGGGAGGUUCGUUCCAUUUUAAACUGGGAAGAGUACGAAUCUCCAGAGCUAUACCAUUGGGAACCUCAAGGACCGCAAACGGCUGCUUCCACAGGGCUGAGACUCAGAAUUCCUGCUUUUGGCAGGGACCUGCACCUCAUCCUGAAGAGAGACACUCGAUUUCUGUCCCAGAAAUUCAUGGUGGAGAGGAGACAGAAAGCACAAAAGGCAUCUCGGAGCAGUAUGCCAGUUUCGUCCGCUGCCAACACAGAAGAGAGAGGAUGCUAUUACAGCGGAACUGUUCUUAAUUACGCAGGAUCCAUUGCCUCAUUCAGCACCUGCGCAGGACUGAUGGGCUUCAUUCAACUCAAUGGAGACUUCCUCUACGUCGAGCCCGUCAAUAAAACGCUGGCCGUCACGGGACAGGCCCACCGCGUGUACAGGAGGAAGCGCUCCACCACCGAGGAGAGACAGACAGACAAGCAGACGACAGACAAACAGACAAGCAGCAACUAUUGUGGAGUCAUUCCAGAAAGACAGAAGAGUAAGAACAGGAAGCCGUCUGAGGGAGGCAGAGGGAAACGGUACUUGUAUAAACUACUCCACGAGUACAACGUGGAGACUGUGGUGGUGGCCGACCCAGCUAUGGUCAGCUACCACGGCUCAGAGGCAGCCAAACGAUUCAUCCUCACCAUCAUGAAUAUGGUUUUCAACUUGUUUCAGCACAAGAGCCUGGGAAUACAGAUUAAUAUCAGAUUGACUAAACUUGUGCUGCUUCACGAAACACCAUCAGACAUGUACAUUGGUCACCAUGGUGAGAAGAUGCUGGAGAGUUUCUGUCGUUGGCAGCAGGAGGAGUAUGGGAAGAAGAGUGUGAUGUCAGACUUCAGCACUCGGUGGAGGGAGGACCUACCCUCUGUGGACACGGCCAUUCUAAUCACACGGAAGGAUUUCUGCGUGCAUAAAGAUGAACCCUGUGACACUGUAGGCAUUGCCUACCUGAGCGGCAUGUGCAGCGAGAGAAGGAAAUGCAUCCUAGCUGAGGACAACGGCCUCAACCUAGCCUUUACCAUCGCUCACGAAAUGGGCCACAACAUGGGUGUGAGUCACGACAACGACCACCAGUCAUGUGCGGACGGCCUCCACAUCAUGUCGGGAGAAUGGGUCAAAGGUCAGAACCUGGGCGAUGUUUCCUGGUCUGGCUGUAGCCGUGACGACGUGGAGAAGUUCCUCCGGUCCAAGGCCAGUAGUUGUCUCCUCCAGACCGACCCGCUGAGCUUGAACUCAGUGAUCCUGCCAUUCAAACACCCAGGGAUGACUUACACGGCAGAUGAACAGUGUCAGAUCCUCUUCGGAACCACCGCCUCCCACUGUCAAAACAUGCAGUAUGUGAUGUGUUCAGGGCUGUGGUGCCGGGUGGAUGGAGAGAAGGACUGUAAAACCAAACUGGACCCACCCAUGGAUGGCACAGAGUGUGACCCAGGAAAGUGGUGUCGUGCUGGGGAGUGUGUGAGCAGAGCGGUGCCAGUGGAGCAAGCCAUGGGAGAGUGGAGCACCUGGGGGUCCUGGGGAACCUGCAGUCCAACCUGCAGCACUGGCAUCAGUGGACGCCAGCGCAAGUGUGAGAGUCCCAGUGGGAAAAGCCGGGACUGUGUCGGCUCCAGGAUGCAGUACAGGCUGUGUGAGAACCUACCCUGCCCUGCUGGGAGCCCCAGCUUCAGAGACCAACAAUGCCAGACCUUCAAUCGCCCCUCCCUGCACUGGCACUCCGUCAUGGAUGAUGAGAGGCCCUGUACACUGUUCUGUUCCUCCACAGGGAAAGAACAACCCCGUCUUUUGGCUGAGAAGGUGCUGGAUGGAACCUCCUGCGGCUCUCAGGAGUCAGGCCUCUGUGCCAACGGGACAUGUCAGAAAGUGGGCUGUGACAGGAUCCUGAGUUCGAUGGCAAGAGAGGACCACUGUGGGGUGUGUAAUGGCAACGGCAAGUCUUGUAAAGUCAUCAAGGGGGACUUCAACCACACCAAAGGAGCAGGCUAUGUGGAAGCUGUGAUCAUCCCCAAAGGGGCCAGGAGAAUCAGAGUGAUGGAAGAAAAGCCUGCACAGAGUUAUUUGGCACUCAAAGACACAAACAAGCAUUCCAUCAACAGCGACUGGAAGAUAGACCGCCCAGGAGCCUUCAACAUGGCGGGCACCACCGUUCACUACGUCCGGAGAGGACUGUGGGAGAAAAUGUCAGCCAGAGGUCCCACUACCUCCCCGUUGCAUCUCAUGGUGCUGCUGUUCAAUGAGCAGAACCAUGGCAUCCAUUACGAGUACACCAUCCCCACAGAGGCUAGCAUGGAACCCCAGGGGGGGUUAGGACCGGGGGCCAUGCCCAGCGAACCCCUCUUCAUGUGGACCCACUCUGGCUGGGAGGACUGCCAUGCCGUGUGUGGAGGAGGAGAAAGAAAGACAAUCGUCACCUGCACUAACAUUGUCAACAAAACUACAAGCGUGGUGGACAACCGAAGAUGUCGUCACCUGACCAAACCUGAGCCUCAAGUCCGCAAGUGCAAUGAGCAGCCCUGCCAGACAAGGUGGAUGAUGACUGAGUGGACGUCUUGCUCUCGUACCUGUGGUAGAGGCUCUCAGAGCAGACAGGUAGCCUGCACCUUGCAGCUAGCCAACGGCACCCUGGUCAAAGCCAAGGACCGCGACUGUGCCGGCCCCAAGCCGGCCCCCAACCAGCGCUGCGAGGGCCAGGACUGUCUCACCGUGUGGGAGGCUGGCGUGUGGUCUGAGUGCUCGGUGAAGUGUGGGCGGGGGGCACGCCAUCGGCUGGUGAAGUGCACCAACCCACGGAAGAAGUGUGACCUGUCGACCCUACCCCGUGAGACGGAGGACUGUGAGGACUACUCCAAGUGUUACAUCUGGAGGACAGGAGACUGGGCCAAGUGCUCGGUCACCUGUGGCAAAAGCAUGCAGUCCCGGGUUAUCCAGUGCAUGCACAAGAUCACCGGGCGCCACGGCAACGAGUGCUUCUCGUCGGAGAAGCCGGCGGCGUACCGGCCAUGUCAGCAGCAGGCGUGCAACGAGAGGAUCAACGUCAACACCAUCACCUCGCCACGCCUGGCUGCCCUGACGUUCAAGUGUUUACGGGACCAGUGGCCGGUUUACUGCAAAGUCAUCCGCGAGAAGAACCUCUGCCAAGACAUGCGCUGGUAUCAACGCUGCUGUGAAACUUGCCGGGACUUUUACGCACAGAAGAUGCAGCAGAGGAGUUGACCCUCCCCUCACCCCCUCGCCCCCUCCUUCCAGGGGCGAAUUUAGGUGUCAUAUCCUAUUUAUGUAUAUCAAGUGCACUUAUUCCAACACGUGGGAUGGACAGAACACACCUGUUUCAACCUAACCAGCUGUAGAUUAUAAGCACUGUAAAUGUGUGAUUAGUUUGUUGUGUUAUUGGUAUUGAGUCCAUACCAUGUCAUGUUAUUGGUAUUGUGUCGAUACUAUGCUCAUGUUAUUGGUAUUGAGUCGAUACUAUGGUAAUCUUAUUGGUAUUGAGUCGAUACUAUGUCAUGUCAUUGGUAUUGAGUCGAUACUAUGGUCAUGUCAUUGGUAUUGAGUCGAUACUAUGGUCAUCUUAUUGGUAUUGAGUCGAUACUAUGUCAUGUCAUUGGUAUUGAGUCGAUACUAUGGUCAUGUUAUUUAGGUUGAAUCGAUACUAUGUCAUGUUAUUGGUAUUGUGUCGAUACUAUGCUCAUGUUAUUGGUAUUGAGUCGAUACUAUGGUAAUCUUAUUGGUAUUGAGUCGAUACUAUGGUAAUCUUAUUGGUAUUGAGUCGAUAUUAUGCUCAUGUUACUGGUAUUGAGUCCAUGCUAUUGCCUUCUUUUUGGUAUUGAGUCGAUACUAUGGGAAUGUUAUUGGUAUUGAGUCAAUACUGUGGUAAUCUUAUUGGUAUUGAUUCGAUACUAUAGUCAUGUUAUUGAGGUUGAAGCGAUACUAUAUCAUGUUAUUGGUAUUGAGUCCAUAUUAUGUCAUGUUAUUGGUAUUGAGUCGAUACUAUGGUCAUGUUAUUGAGGUUGAAUCGAUAAUAUGUCAUGUUAUUGGUUUUGAGUCGAUACUAUGGUCAUGUUAUUGGUAUUGAGUCGAUACUAUGUCAUGUUAUUGGUAUUGAGUCGAUACUGUGGUAAUCUUAUUGGUAUUGAUUCGAUACUAUGGUCAUGUUAUUGAGGUUGAAUCGAUAAUAUGUCAUGUUAUUGGUUUUGAGUCGAUACUAUGGUAAUCUUAUUGGUAUAGAGUCGAUACUAUGUCAUGCUAUUGGUAUUGAGUCGAUACUAUGGUAAUCUUAUUGGUAUAGAGUCGAUACUAUGUCAUGCUAUUGGUAUUGAGUCGAUACUAUGGUCAUCUUAUUGGUAUGGAGUCGAUACUAUGUCAUGUUAUUGGUAUUGAGUCGAUACUAUGUCAUGUUAUUGGUAUUGAGUCGAUACUAUGUCAUGUUAUUGGUAUUGAGUCGAUACUAUGGUAAUCUUAUUGGUAUUGAGUCGAUACUAUGUCAUGUUAUUGGUUUUGAGUCGAUACUAUGGUAAUCUUAUUGGUAUUGAGUCGAUACUAUGUCAUGUUAUUGGUAUUGAGUCGAUACUAUGUCAUGUUAUUGGUUUUGAGUCGAUACUAUGUCAUGUUAUUGGUUUUGAGUCGAUACUAUGGUCAUGUUAUUGGUAUUGAGUCGAUACUAUGUCAUGUUAUUGGUAUUGAGUCGGUCUAAGCACAUCUCUUUUGAGGGUGUAAUUGUUGACCAGCCUUCACCUGGGAUCCGUUGAGCUGAUAUACUGUAGAUCUACGUAAGGAUCCAACUCUUUGGUGUUUUUGGAGAAGUUUUUGUUUUUAAUAAUGUUAAUUCAUGCUAAUAUUUUGUAAAUGUCUUACCAUUUUCCAUACUGUAUUUUUUUCUGAUUUAUCUUCAUUAAUAUCACAUUGAAAAUCAGGCAAAAUCCAUCAAGGUAUACCACUUGUAGUUUCCAUUAAUUUAGUUAACCCCGUAUAAUGUAACCAAUGCAAUAGUGCCAAAAGUGCAAACUACAAACUUCAUUAAGCGUACCAUCGGACCUAGGUCUACUGGUUUCCUAUCCGUUUCUUCCCCCCAAAAAACAGAAUGUCCCGCACACUGUUUAUGCUCCCAGGUACCACUGUUUAUCGGACAACAUUUCCAUCUGUAAGGAUCUUCAUCAGGUCAAAACAACCAGACAAAACGACCAGACAAAACGACCAGACAAAACAACCAGACAAAACAACCAGACAAAACAACCAGACAAAACAACCAGUCAAAACAACCAGACAAAACAACCAGUCAAAACAACCAGACAAAACAACCAGAGAAAACAACCAGACAAAACGACCAGACAAAACAACCAGUCAAAACAACCAGACAAAACAACCAGUCAAAACAACCAGACAAAACAACCAGUCAAAACAACCAGUCAAAACAACCAGACAAAACAACCAGACAAAACAACCAGACAAAGAUCCUUGUGGAUGGAACCGUUGUCUGACAAAAGGUGUUAUUUGGGAGCAUAAUCCGUGUGUUGGACUUUCUGAGGUUUUUCUUCUCAAGUUGAAUUCUUUAGCCCAGCACAAACAUUUCUAUCUAUUUCAGCAUUGGUGAACUUCAUGCUAUCUGCUUGGUAUAGCCACUGCUGAGACUUUGGCUUCCAGCCGUGAGUAAUUACAAUGACGUUCUUGUCUUUCGUCAAGUUUAGCAAAAAUGUGUUUAGAGACACAAAUGGUACUGUAUGUUUAAUCUAUCUCAAACAGAAUUCACAAUACUGUCCAUUUAGAAGCUAUACUGAAAGCAUUACAGCUGCAAAGACUCUUACGUUUGAUUGAUAUGAUGUUUUAGGGUUUAGGACUUUCAGCUCUUCAUUUGCUUUGUACAUGUUUGGCUUAAUGUCGAACACUGUAAGCAACAAUGUGGCUUUGGAAGGAUUUGGAUAAUUGAUGAUACUUCCAGUAACGACAGCAAAUAUAUUCUUAUUAUUAACGUGCUGUUUAUGUGGUGCUAAUUAGUGUACUUGAGUGAACUUUUGGGGAUCUAAGCUUAAACAUAAAGUGUUGCCAAAUAGCCGAGUCUUGCUUAAAGUUGGAGAAAAUACCUUAUUGUAACAUUUACUGAAUUAAUCUAUGUCUAUGCAUAACAAUAGUGCUGGCCUUAGGAUCUGAUGGGACUGAAACAAUUGUGUGGAAAGCUUGAGGACACAAAUCUUUUCCGUCAAAUGUAACAUUGACAUCAGGGGUGUGUUCAGUACGUCACAUAGCGGUCUUCAAUGUUUAAUUCAACGGAAAUGGUACUGUACUGAACGACCAGUUGAGGAACGGUGUAUGGUGUGUGUGCUGCCUAAACCAGAUCUUUACCAUGAUAAGGCCAGGCCUUGCUCGACAUUGCGGUGUCAGGUUUGUCCUGCGUCUUGUGAGAUUGUAUGGUGUGUGGUGUGCUGCACGAGUUUUGCGAUUUAAAAUGGUCACACACAUAUUUUGAUAGGCUCACACGUAUAUUGAUCAGUUCACACCCAUAUUGAUCAGGCCACACCCAUAUCGAUCAGACCACACCCAUAUUGAUCAGGCCACACCCAUAUUGAUCAGGCCACACCCAUAUUGAUCAGGCCACACCCAUAUUGAUCAGGCCACACCCAUAUUGAUCAGGCCACACCCACCAAACGGGAGCAAACAUACCUGAAAGGCUGUUACGGGAACGCUGUGCAUCCCUUGGGGGGAAAUGUAGUUCAGUAGCAAACGUUGAAUCGAACUGAAUGCAUCCCAGUUACGCGCACGGAUCUCUCCAAGUUAGGAUUUGGAUCUAAGUGUCUUCAGGAGGGUUUCUAAAGGGAAAUUAUCCUCCAUUUUAAAUCACAUGAUCUGUAUCGAUAUUUCAAAAUGUGUUUCAAAAUCACUAAAGGGACAUUAUUUAGUCAUAUAGUAAACUAGCAUCCAUAUUUCCGUCAAAUAGUUAGUACAGUAUGGCCGACCUUGGUUGUGUACACCAGGAUGAGCCCACGGCUGUCUUGUAUGUUAAAGUCAAUGUUAGAACGACAACAUCUGAACAGCAAGCUGCUUCACUAGAACAAUCUGCUGUACAUCCUAUUCACACAACGAUGACCGUUUCUAGUGUAUCACUCCACGGCCCUCUACUUGAAUAGAGAUAAUGUAGAACUAGGAAACACUGUACAUGUUUCUAGUGUAUCACCCCACGGCCCUCUACUUGAAUAGAGAUAAUGUAGAACUAGGAAACACUGUACAUGUUUCUAGUGUAUCACCCCACGGCCCUCUACUUGAAUAGAGAUAAUGUAGAACUAGGAAACACU